AUGGCGAUGCCGGUGGAUUGCAUGACCGAGUGCUACCUCCAGUGAGUUUUCCCUCACGUAAUUCCCAGAUCCGCAGCCAUUUCAGCUGUGUGAUGUGCUUCUUCGCCGGAGGAAGUGGCGACAAGAUCCUCUCAAUCCAUCCGUUCAGAAAGCCCGCUCCCAAAAGUGCCCGUCCGUCCGCUCCUUCCCUUUUCUCAUUUGACAAAACGUUUCAGAGCCACCGCCGACUACCACUCGCCCAUCGAACAGACCGAAUCGAACUUGCCUCGUCGAGUCAGUUGCCCUAGAUCCGAAAUAAUUCUCCAAUCAUUUGUUUGCAGGAAGACGUUUGGAUUCGGAGUCGGCGACACAGAGUUCGACAUGUCUCUCGGCCAGCUGGCGGUCGCAUUUAAGACACAAGAAGUCGCGUGCAACGACGGAUUCGAUAUGAAAAUCAACAAUCAGAGAUUCGUUGGAUGGCCGAAGCUGUGGAGCACGAGAGGCGCUGAAAGCCACUCCAAGUCCCAAUUGUCCAUCAUUUUCGCUCUGAAACCGGGAUGCGACGGACAGACGGCGGCCGCCUAUCAGACGCUCUCCAACAAGAUCGGAGUUAGUCUCGUAAUGCUUCAGGACUACUUCGGGUUCCUUGAAAGAGAAGAUCGAUUCGCCGAUCAUGUAGAAGCCAGCGACAAUCCGUUGGCGGAGUUUGCAAGAUUGAGUUUCAUGGUCCAGCCGCUAAUCGAUAUGUACGACGAAGUGCGGUCCCGAGGAAAUAUUCAUGUGAGCAAUGAGCACUGAAGCAGGCAGAGAUACAAUCAUUUCAGAAAUAUCUCAUCGACUUUAUCGAACUCGGAUUCUGCGAUGAAGCGCAUGCACUGUCGAGACUGAGUGUUGUUCCGAAGGGAAGACAAGAGAUCGAUGAGAUUGUCAGACGAAUGAAGUGAGCACAAACACUGGCGCUAAUAGAAAUGACAACUAUUUCAGGCCUUACCACGGAAUCCUUCUGUUGGAGGACGUCUGGCCGACUCCAGACGCUAAUCCGAUUGUGGCCAAGCUUCUGAGCCAUUGCAGUCCGGAUCGCUCUAUUCUGGACAUGUCCACUGCGUCAGGCAUCCCAAUCUUCGAAGUAUUCAUGAUCAUCCGUCACCUUCUUCAAUGGACGCGUGCCAUCCUCAUUUUUCCGCUCUGUAACACCAACGUGUAUACUUCAGCAACUAGUCCUCAAAAUCUCGAAAAGUAAGAAUGCCAAGGCAAGAAUAAUCUUUAGCGCCAAUUUAAGGAUGGCCGAGAAGUUUGCCGUUCAGUUCGGGACCACUAUUCAUCUGGCAGCGGGGCUCGCCCACUUCAACCCGCCCCGCCGACUGGACACUUUCAUCCGAUCGAACCUUUCGUUGCAGGAGCAGGGUGUUCGGGCGAAGCUCGUCGUCGCUCUCCUCAGACAUCAGAUGCUCAUGCAGUUGCACGAGUUCUACUACAUUCUGAGACCGUACUCGAAUGCAAAGCUGCCGGAUCCGGAGGAAGAGUGCCCGGAAGAGUUCAAAAAGAUGAUCGACGAAAGUCACAUACCUGAUAUGGUGAAGUCGGUGGUGGCCGACAUUUGUGCAGAAAUGCUCGAGAAGAGCUCUUACGGAGAGGUGAAACGCAAGCUGACUCUUUUCGUGCAGGCGGCUCCAAUGAUGAACGGAAACCAUCAUUUGGAGGAUAUCAAAUACAGAAACAACUUGGUAACGUAAAUUUACACUUUUCGAGAAUAAAUUUAUAUUCAGGAUCGAGCGGAGAUUGAGAACGUUUUCACUUCCUUCCAGCUAGUCAUUGCCAAAUUCCGUCGUCCGGAUUUUGUUGCCGAAUAA